AGAGAACAGCUAGUCCACAGACAGAUCCGAAGCAGAGGAGAAGAAACACUUGAUCCUGAAGUUCAGUGAAGAUCCAGUUUAGACAAGGGGCCCACUUCAGGUUAUUGUGUGAAUGUUCACUCCGACAGCGACAGAGAACAACACAGAUGGGCCCCGAGAGGACGUCCGUCUAAACUCCACCAGGAACCCAAGACCUUGAUGUCUCUGACUUUGAAAUCUCAGUACUGACCUGUCAAAGAGGAGUUUUAAGAGGAGAUACUGAGGUAUUAGAAGAGGAAAUCCAGAGAUGACCAGCUGCUCUGAUGAAGAACAAGGACCUCAGGUGUUUGGAGCUCUCAUGUAGCGACGGUGCUUUGAAGGAAGUAGUGGAGGUUGUUCUUUCCUCAGAACAUCUGGACCUUGGGCUACACGUGGAUACCCCGAGAGUACGGCUUGCUGUUACCGAGCAAGGACUGGUAUGUAGCUGAGCUGAGUCGAACAUGAAGCUGCAGACUCUGUGACCUUCUGAGAACCUGCCAACGGCCGCAUGCACUUCCAGUGCGAUCAGCAGAGAGACCCACUGCGCUGCUGGCUCUGACGCUUGGCAGUGCAUUGGCGUUAACCCGUGGUAACCGUGGAAACCGUGGAGACCGUGGAGAGCAGUCGAUCGGGUCCCGUCAGCGGCGACAUCGCGGGCUCCUCGGCCCCUGAUGAAGAAGCUCCGACGGGGGGGGGAGACACCAUGAUCUCCAGCGUCCUCCGCUGGCUCGUGCUGGUGUCCUUCAUCGGGCUGACGGUGGGCGGGAACCUGCUGGUGUGUCUGGCCGUGCUGCUGAGCCGACGGCUGCGCCGCCGCGCCAACUGCUUCGUGAUCUCCCUGGCCGUCACCGACCUGCUGCUGGGGCUGCUGGUGAUGCCGCUGUCCGCCUCCCUGGAGCUGCGGGCGGGCGGAUGGCCGCUGGGCGGGGCUCUGUGCAACCUCUACAUCUCCGUGGACGUCAUGCUGUGCACGGCGUCCAUCCUCACGCUGCUGGCCGUCAGCGUGGACCGCUACCUGGCCAUCUCGCUGCCGCUGGGCUACCACCGCCGCGUGACGCCCUGCCGCGUGGCGCUGGCCCUCGCCGCCAUCUGGACCACGUCGCUGACCGUGUCCUUCUUGCCGAUCCACCUGGGCUGGAACACGGUCGACUACAGCGUGCAGCACGCCGACUGGGGCGUGGGCACCGCCCAGCAGGGGGGGCGCUACUGCCACUACGAGUGGAACAACAAAUACGUGCUGCUCAACGCCUUCGGCACCUUCUACCUGCCGCUGGGGCUCAUGUGUGGCAUGUACCUGCUCAUCUUCAGGGUGGCCCGCGAGCAGGUGCGCCGUAUCCGCGCGGCCACGCCCUCCUUCUCCAGCGCGGCCUCGGUGGCGGCGUCGCUGCGCGAGCACAAGGCCACGGUGACGCUGGCGUCGGUGCUGGGCGCCUUCGUCGUGUGCUGGUUCCCCUACUUCACCUUCUUCACCUGCAUGGGGCUGCGGGCGGACAUGACCCCGCCCACGGCGUUGCACUCCGUGGUGCUGUGGCUCGGCUACUUCAACUCCGUGCUCAACCCCAUCCUCUACCCCGCGCUCAACCGCGACUUCCGCCGUGCCUACAGCCAGCUGCUGCGCUGCCGGCCGGACGGGCGCCACUGCCGAGGGGGGCCGGGGGGCUGCUGCCGAGGGGGGCCGGGGGGCUGCUGCCGGGGGGGCUGCUGCCGGGGGGGGCCGGGGGGCUGCUGCCGGGGGGGCUGCUGCUGUGGGUGGGCGUGGUGGCGACGCCCGUCCAAGCCCCGGCCGCCCGCCGCCCACCACCGCCGGGUGUCGCUGGGGAACGGGCACGCCGCCGCCACCGCCGCCACCGCCACCGCCGCCACCGCCGCCACCGCCGCCACCGCCGCCACCGCCGCCACCGCCGCCGCCACCGCCGCCACCGCCGCUGACGACCGGACGGGCGUGGAGACGGGCGUCGCGGUCGUCAAGGAAACGGCGCCGGCGGGGAACGGAGGACUGGCGCCACAGGAGGCCCCCGCCCCCGAAGAUUAGGACCGGGGGUCUGCCCCCUGGGGGGGUCAGGGUUAGGACCGGGGGUCUGCCCACUGGGGGGGUCAGGGUUAG